AUGUCUGAUAUCUCUAUAAAAAGUGCAUUGAUGACUGAUGAACAUCCACCGCUUCCGAUUGUUGUCAGUCCACCAUCUCCGGGUCUUCAACCACUCGAUAAUCAUAGUCAUGAUAGCAUUCAUCUUACUCCACAUACGCCAAGUACUCCAAGACGUAGGCGUUCUUGCUCACCAAGUAGAUCACGUAGUCUUUCAAGAAGUAGUUCUAAAAUUGGUGUUGAUAGCAUCGAAGUACAUCAAGUGCAUUCACCUGAUAGGCAUAUUGAUGUUAUUGUAAUCAAUACGGAUGCAUUAUCUAAUAAUCAAAAAUUAACUGAUUCGCCAACUUUUUUAAGUGUGCCAUCACCUCAUUCUGACGUUGAAAAUCGUGAUCGUGACUUGUCAUGUUCACCACCAGGUCACAUGACAUCUAUGGCAACAGAAUCUGAUGCUAAAGGAUAUCAUUUAUCGGCUCCACUGUCUCUCAUAGCUCGUACCACUUUUAGUCGUCGGAAAUCUACAUCUCGACUAACGAUUGUGACAACACCAGCAAUUACAAUUAGUGAUGACUCAUGUGAUAACGACGUAAAUGACAAUUCGAACAAUUUAUCAAUUCAUUCUUGCCAUUCUAGUAUAACAUGUCCGCCAUCACCUCUAUCUAUAUAUGAAGAAAAAAUGAGUUCAAGUUUUAACGAAGCAGAGCUUGCCAGGUAUACUGAACCGUUUAAGGCUUUCCCUGGAUUAUCAUCAACGCAUGGGAUUUGGAUUGCGAAAUUUGGAGGAACAAUGGCUAUUUUAAUGGCUUUUGGAAUCCUUACCUAUGACUUUGUACAGUUAGGAAUGGGAACUAAUGUAUUUGUUAACUAA